UGGCCUUACGAGCCAGAGCCACAACAGUCCGACAUGUGGACAGCUUUCUGAGGACCCAUCCUAACCUGCACUUAUACCACUGUAAAGAAGCUCUCUCUGUGUAUAACGUACACUUACAACACUCGAAGUUCAUAUAUCCUGCAAUUUGCCAACUUCCACAAAGUGUCACUGAAACGCUUUAGCCUCGUUAACCUCGUGCAUCUUGCUCGGUUCCACUAUACUGAAUAUGACUGAGACCAUGUUCUUCCAAGGGACUCUUCAGGAAGGCAUCUCGGCGGCUCUUCAGCAAUCCAAGUCCGUGGUUUGCUUCGUCACAGACGACCAGGCCGAGAGUCAACGAUGGGAGUCGGAGUUCCUUGCCGAUGAAUCUUUGAAAGUCCCUCUAGAAGACCAGGCUAUCACCCUUCGCCUACAAGCUGGCUCUACUGAGGCUGGGUAUCUCGCCGCAAUCUUUCCACUGCCCAAGACUCCUACUGUCGUUAUCAUCAAAAAUGGCCAGUUGAAAGAGUACAUCGCUCCCGAGGUGUCCAAGGAGGACUUUGUGGCAAGAGCGCGCACCGCGCUGUCAGCGGCAGCCGAUGAUUCGGCCCAGGCACCGUCUUCUGGAGGGGGUGUCCCUUCCCAGGUACCGGACAGUGCACAGCCAACUGGCAACACUUCCACGGAGAGUUCCGGCCAGGCCACGCCCUCGUCAGCGACGGAGCAAGAACCCAGCACCGUGCAGACUCUCCUCUCUGAACGAGCCGCGAGGCUGGAGGCGCAGCGGAAGAAGGAAGCCGAAGAGGCCAAGCUGCGCCGCAAAGCCAAAGCGGCGGAGGGGGAGAAGCCGAGAGGCUCUGAGGCCCAGACCAAGCAUGCGGAGUCGCUGAAGCGGAGGCAAAAGGAGGCGCGAGAAGAGCGGCAGCGGAUUCUCCAGGCCAUUGAGGACGACAAGGCCGCGCGCAAGGCCCGCCAGUCCGAGAAGGAAGCGGAGAGGAAGCUGGCCUUGGAGGCUCAGAACCAAGACAAGCAGACCGCUUCCCCGGCACUGUCGAGCACGCUGCCCGCAACCACGAGAUCCAGCGAGCAUUGUUUCCUCCAGGUCCGGCUCUUUGAUGGUUCCACCUUACGAAAUCGCUUCCCCAGCGGUAGCCGCCUCGGGGCCGACGUCAGGAAAUGGGUCGACGAAAACCGCGGGGAUGACAAGCAUCCCUAUACCUUCAAGGUGGUGCUGACCCCGCUGCCUAACAAGAACAUCGAUAUCACAGAAGAGGACUCCUCACUACAGGACCUGGGGCUGACGCCGUCCUCGACGCUGAUCCUUGUCCCGGCAUCCAAGACUGCGGUGGCGGCAUAUGCCGCGUCAGGGGGAAACCCGGUGUCGAGGUUCAUUGCCUUCAUCCUAGCAUUAAUCAAUGGCUUCAUUGCCAAUGUCAUCGCAUUCUUCACCACCAUGUUCAGCACCAGCGGGCCGCCCCGUCAACAUCCUGCACCGGAGGCCGGUCGCGAACAGACCGCCGUGGCGUCUGGCCUUGACGAGGCCCGGAUCAAGGAGCUCAGGACCCUGAGAGAACGGCGGAACGAACAGCAGUUUUACAACGGCAACUCGACUAACUUCGAACCGAGGAAGGACGACGUGGAAGAGGAUUAGAAGCUUGAAGUGAAGAAGAUCAGGAGCCUGAAAGGAACAUGGGAGUUUUGGUGGAAAAUAUUAUCAAGCAUGCCAUGACUAUAGAGUGGAAAUGGUGCCACCUGCUGUAUUCUACAAUAAUUCUGAUGCUAUGCAUUCC